CCGCAAUGGAGAAGAUUUCUGGCAUCACGUACAAGCUGGAUGUUGACAGCCAGGAAAACAUGGAGGACUUGCUGUACGCCUACGGCAUCCACGACCUGGAGGUGAUCCGGAACGCGGUGACGCUGGACUCGACGUUCAUGCUGACGGUGGAGGGCGACCGCUUCACGCAGACCUCGCAGACGGGCGACUGGAAGGAGUCCUUCUCGUACCGGCUGGGCGAGCCCUUCGACCAGGUGGCGUACAACGGUGUCAAGAUCCGCAGCGUCAUCACGGCAGUGGGCCCUACGACACACUGCCACGUCCAGGACUACGAGGACGGCUUGCAGAUGAAAAUAGAGAAGUGCUUCAGCCCCGAGAAGCUCGUCCUGACUCUCACCCUCAAGGAUAUCGUCGCAAGGCGAGAAUACCUCGCUGUAAAUAAGUGACAUUCAGUUACUAAAAUCUCAAGAACCACUUGAAAUUGAAUUUUCUUGAAGACAUUUUAAGUUUUAAAAGCAGUAGACCUGAGUUCUCCAACACGGCUACUAUGACGUGGCGUGGUGUGAUCUGCUCACAAAGUCAGUGCGAUCUGUGCAAUGUGAUUGCAUCUCAACGUCUUUUGUUGUUAUGGGUUACACUAAGAAUGCUAAUCGGCAAGUGAGGUGGUCUACUCGAAGAUUAGUGCCUAAGCGCCUGCAAGGAAGAACUGAACAUUAAUGAGCGUCGUACAGCUUCGGUCCUUCAUCGAUGGAGUUAUCUUCGUUUAUCCAUUGUAAUUCAUUGUGCUCGACAUCUGCAGUGACACAGACGCGCAACCCACUGUUUCACCUGAGAGCCAGAAAAACUGAUGCAACAUAGACGCUAGACUAAAAAUGUGCAGUAUGUCGAAUAGUCAUCAAAUAAUAAGUACUCGAUAAUGUUAAUCGACUGUGAACACUUAGUCUAACGUAAACUAAAAAAAGUACGGGGACAUUUGAACGAGGCUAUAGGAGUGCAAUAACACUGUCAUACUGUGUAUACUCAGGCUCGCUGUGGUGAAAGUGGAACAUGAACUAUAGGGCUGAAUAAUGCUACUACCUCUGGUUCCGACGGCUUUGAACAAGAGAUGCAAUCAAAGUAAACGUCAUCACUGAAAUGAAAUUAAUUGAGUUAGAACGUACUACUAUACGAAAUUAAACUAGGUGAAUUGGUUUACUACAUGAGCUAUCACAACCCAGUUGAUAACUUCAUUGAAAAUACUCUCUGUAAUGCGUGUUAUUACAGUAUGAAUAGCAUGCUUCUAUGAAACUUAUUGACAAUCACCAUUAAUAAACAGUGUACUAACAGUCAGUAGAAAUAUCACUUUUGACUAACGUUAACUCGACUAAUUACGUUGAAGAGUUCCUAGUCUAUUAGCACAGAUGCUUCACCUAAGUGGAUAAAAUAAAGUUGCAAGUAAAUUAUUAAAACUGGAGUUCAACAACAGAAAAUUUGAUAUUGUUAAUUACGUUGUACGCUGUAACUAGCAUAAGUAUUUUCUGCAAAGUUCCUUUAAUGCAUAGUAUUUGUUACAUUCAGUAUCUGUUAAUGGAAAUUAAACUGAAUAAUACUAAA